AUGACCCUCGACCACGUCCCCGUCCAGCAGACACUGCCGCCAACGUCGCGCGAGCUGGGCGAAGUGCUGCCGCCCAAGCUGCCCGAUGGAGCCCCGGUAGCAGCCCCGCCGUCGGCCUUUGCCAAGUCGUCGGCACAUUUUAUUGCGGGAGGGCUCGGCGGCAUGGCCUCGGCAACCCUCACCGCGCCCCUCGACGUGCUCAAGACGCGCCUGCAGUCGACCUACUACCAGCAACAUCUUGCCGCCGCCCGCACCGCCCGCGGCCUGCCACCCAUUGAGUCCAUGUCCUUUGUCCGCAGCUCGCUGCUCCACGUCCGCGAGACGGGCGAGAUCCUCUGGCAGGUCCCGAAGGCUGAGGGCUGGCGAGCGCUGUUCAAGGGCCUGGGGCCCAAUCUCGUCGGCGUUGUGCCCGCCCGCGCCAUCAACUUCUUCGCAUACGGCAAUGGCAAGCGUCUGAUCAGCAACAACUUCAACAACGGCCAGGAGGCAGCGUGGGUUCAUCUGUGCGCCGCCGCCAGCGCAGGCAUCAUCACAGGAACGGCCACAAACCCAAUCUGGCUGGUCAAGACACGCUUGCAAUUGGACAAGAACACGCAUGCAGAUGGGAGGGGCAGACAGUACAAAAACGCCCUCGACUGCACAAUGCAGACCAUCCGCAAAGAGGGCGUCAAGGGCCUCUACCGCGGACUGACAGCCAGCUACCUCGGCGUGACAGAAAGCACACUGCAGUGGAUGAUGUACGAGCAAAUGAAGCUAUCCCUCUCACGGCGAGAAGAACGGCGCAUAGCCACCGGAAAACCGCCCACAACCUGGGACCAGACAGUCGCAUGGGGCGGCAAGGUAUCCGCCGCCGGGCUCGCCAAGCUCGUGGCCGCCCUCAUCACCUAUCCUCACGAGGUCGUACGCACCCGCCUCCGCCAAGCCCCCCUCUCCAACGGCCAGCUCAAAUACACCGGCCUGGCACAGUGUUUCCGCCUCAUCUGGAAGGAAGAAGGCAUGGCAGCCCUCUACGGCGGUCUGGUGCCCCACAUCUUCCGCGUCGUGCCCAGUGCCGCUAUCAUGUUCGGCACGUAUGAAGGCGUGCUGAAGCUGCUUGGCGAGAGCAGCAACAUGUAA